AGAAAGAGAGUGAGGGAGAACGAGAAAAUAGGGAGAAAGAGAGAGAGAGAGAGCUGUGCUCGCUGAGCCGGACGUUCUCACAAGGGUAUGGCCGGCGCGGUACAAUGUUGCAAUUCCAUGUAGCAGGAGCAAAUGCCUCCACCGCAUUUUCGACAACACACUGGAAACGUACCCAAUGAAUUAUUAUUGCUCUCCUGUGAUCCACGCCGGCUGUAAAGAGAAGGGAGGGGGGGAGAGGGAGAGAGUGAAAACCAAAAAAACAACAAAAAACCCACGAACAGUCAAAAAUCACCUUUAAAUGACCAAGGAACCAGCAAAAAUCUCUGCCUCUGCGACCAGCAUGGCUCCAAUGUGUUCCUUCAGGAAGGUGCUGGUGAUUUGCACGGUUUUCGUAUUUCUGCUGGGGAUAAUGCAUUUUGACUCGCUCGAUUACAGGUAUGUGACUCAGCUGUCUAAGCUAAAGCUUCAGAAUGUGUUCAGCUCUACAUUGCAAGUCAAUGACAGUGAGCGGAAGAGACAAAAUGACAGUGAGAGAGGGGACAGAGAGUGUGAAACAUGUACAUCCAGUCAGCUCCUAAACUUGUUCCCACAAGAAUGGAAUGCUUCAGACUGUGAAAGUAUUUACAAGUGGAUCACAUCAUCUCGUAUUCAACGGCAGAGCGAAGGCGAUGUCAUUAAGAAGGUGACGCAUGUUAUGAAUUGCCCAUGGCACCAGCAUAAAGCAGCAGCCAAGGCCUUCAGAUGGGAGCUGAGGAGGUGCUGUGAUGCGGCACACAACUGCGUGGUGACACAGAGUAACAUCCCGGCGGGCACAGAGGUGACCUAUGAGGGGGAGCCCAAGAGGAAGAUACGGAUCACCCACCAGAUCUAUGCUUUGUUUCCCAAGGAAACUCCCCUCCAAAGACAGAAGUACAAGCGAUGCGCGGUCAUCGGGAACAGCGCCAUAUUGACCAACAGCAGUUGUGGCGCCAACAUCGAUGCGGCCGAAUACGUGUUCCGGUGCAAUCUCCCUCCCAUGGGUGAAGCCUACGCCCAGGACAUUGGAACGAAAACCAACUUGGUGACGGCAAAUCCCAGCAUCAUUACAGAGAGGUACGGAAACCUCCAGGACAGGAGAAGGCCAUUUUACACAAACCUGAGUGUCUACAACGAAGCUCUCCUCCUCCUGCCUGCCUUCUCCUACACCAAAAACACCGUCCUUUCCUUCCGCGCCCUCUACACCUUGCAAGACUUUCAGGCCAAGCAAGAGGUUGUCUUCUUCAACCCCUCUUACCUGAAGCAUCUGAGCGACUUCUGGAACGCGAAAGGCGUACAAGCCAACCGCCUCUCCACUGGCUUGAUGGUGACGAGCAUUGCCAUCGAACUCUGCGAAGAAGUGCGGGCUUAUGGCUUUUGGCCAUUCGGGGUGAAUGUACACGGGCAGGUUAUAGCACACCACUACUUUGACAAUCAGCAGCCCAAGCCCGAUAUUCACUCCAUGCCCUUAGAGUAUCAGCACCUCCUGCAUAUGCACAGUAAAGGGAUCAUCAAACUUCAGAUGGCUCAGUGUCAGACUGAUCCAUAGGACGGAGGCAACAUUUAACGUCAGAUCUGUAGGACGUUAGACUGCUGGCCAAAGUAAGAUGAUUGUGAAAGCAAUGGCUCGGAUAGCUUGACGUUCAAUCGGGAGGGGUCUUUCAGGUCUAGUAUUGCCUGUGGCUUGUACCUGUUGGUUGAGUGACGUUGAUUUUUUUCUCCAUUUGGGGAACAUCUAGAUGAUUGGACUUGUUGGCCACCCAGAGAUUAUCGUGUGGUCAUUGACAACUGACCAAUGUUGGGAGACAAGUGAGGGCGGCCUAAGGAGCAGCUCAUGGCUUUAGACUUUAGAGAUACAGCAUGGAAACAGGCCCUUCGGCCCAUCGAGUCCAUGCCAACCAGCAACCCCCAAGCACCAGCACCAUCCAGCACAAACAUUUACCAUUUUUACCGAAGCCAAUUAACCUACAAACCUGUACGUCUUUGGAUUGUGGGAGGAAACCGGUGCACCCGGAGGAAACCCACGCAGUUACAGGGAGAACGUACAAACUCCAUAUAGACAGCGCCCGUAGCCAGGAUCGAACCCAGGUCUCUGGCACUGUAAGGCAGCAACUCUGCCGCUGCAUGCACCACCGUGCCGCGAACUCUGCUGCCGGGCCUGUAGGUGAUAGGAAGAUCUCAAGGUAGGAGAACACAAGGAACCAGCAGCAUAGCCAACUUUUCCCUUUGCCUUCUCCGAAUCUUGGGACUCUUUGCUCCUUAAGUGACAUUUAACUGUUCCGUCCUCCAGAAUUGGUGAAUAAUUUCAAAAAAAAAAUUUUGGUAACUUUUCCCAUUAUACCCCAAAGCCUUUUACGGCAAUUAAGUAUUUUUGAGGCCUUGUAAUAUAGGAAACCCAGCAGCCGGGCAUAACAUAGACAGCUCCCGUAAACAUAUGUAAUACUAGCCAGUGACAGACACAAAAAGCUGGAGUAACUCAGCGGCUACCACAGCAUCUCUGGAGAGAAGGAAUGGGUGACAUUUCAGGUCGAGACCCUUCUUGAGACUGAGAGUCAGGGGACAGGGAAACGAGGGAUAUAUAGACGGUGAUGUAGAGAGAUGGAGAACAAAUGAAUGUGCAAAAAAAGUAACAAUGAUACAGGAAACGUCAUUGUUAGCUGUGACCUAGGUGAAAAUGAAUUAUAGACAAUGAGGCUCAACAAGACUACUUUGAAGCUGGUAUGGCUUUGUGGGAGGGAUGGACAUAGAGAGGGGUGCAAGGGUUACUUGAAGUUGGAGAAAUCAAUUAUCACACCACUGCCCAAGCAAAAAGGAGGUGCUGCUCCUCCAAUUAGCGUUUGGCCGCACUCUUGACAGUGGAGGAGGCCCAGGACAGGAAGGUCAGUGUGGGAAUGGGAAGGGGAGUUAAAGUGUUUAGCAACCGGGAGAUCAGAUAGGUUUCCGACAUAAAUAUUGGUUAGGACUCAAGGAAUAACUCUGUAACAGGAAGACCUUCAUCAGUCAGAGUAUUGAGUAUAGAAGUUGGGAGGUCAUGUUGCAG